CUCAAUCAUCUGGAACAGCACAACCCGUCUAGACGGAGAAGAUGGCACCGAGCACGGACGUGAAGGAGGUGGUAGAGUCUGAAAUCAAGGAAUGGCACUUCCACAUCUACUUCCACCAGAGGAACGCCGACGAGCACCAGGCAGCACUCGAGCUCCGUGACGCUGUCUUGCGUUUGAGGCGCGACGGCGCAUUUGUCGCCGUCCCCCUCUUCCGCGUAAACACGGAUCCUAUUGGCCCGCACCCUGUCGGGUCGUACGAGAUCUGGGUCCCUUCGGAAUCCUUCGUGACCGUGUACUCGUACCUUGUUCUCAACAGGGGCAAUCUGAGUGUCCUCAUCCACCCUCUCACUCGCGAGCAGCGCAAGGACCAUGAGAUCCGCCACGCCUGGCUCGGUAGUUCUUUCCCUCUGGAUCUCUCGACGCUCCCACUCAAGAGCGAGGAAGUCCCGCUCCAGUAUCCCAGCCUCAAGCUGGGCUACUCUUCCAACGCGCCCAAGCUAUCCUUGGAAGAGCGUAAGCGCAUCGGUGCGAAUGUCGAGCAGAUCCUUCGAGGCGAGAAGGAGGCUGCCAAGGCACCCAGGGACUGAGCCUAGAUCUUCGUGGGUCACCCGUGUACCUUUCGUACCUUGGAUGUCUACCGGCGUAACCCCUACCUGUCCCUCCUGUACCUUUUAUAUACAGUCUUGGGCGUGUUUGCCUUCCAAGUUAUGCUUUCC